AUGUAUUGCCAGAACUGUCAAUGUCAGGAGGUCUUGGCUAUGCGUGCUCGUUCCACCUUCCAAAGUAGAGUUGUGUGGCGAACGAUGUUGUCUUUUGUGAGUUUGUGCUUGUGUCUUCUAGCGACAGCAAAUGCUCAAAUUCUCCAGCUGAAUCAAGGGAAAGUGCAAGGUUUUGAAUAUAAAACGGCAAAAGGUGAAGUAGCAGAGGUAUUUCUUAACAUACCAUAUGCCUCACCUCCAGUAGGGGAUUUACGGUUUGAGAAACCUAGGCCGCUGGAUGCUUGGAAUAACGUUAUUAACGGUACUGUUCUUGGCGCGGCAUGUCAUCCUAUCGUUCCAGAGGCAGUAUUCACGGUUUGGGUUAGGACAAGUGAAGAUUGCUUGACGCUGAAUAUUAUUAAACCUAAAAGAAAACCUCCGAAAUCAGAAGUAGGAUUUCCCAUACUUUUCUGGAUACAUGGUGGAGGCUAUGAGAUGUUUUCGGCAGUAGAAUGUGGAUUUGAGAGCUUUGCCAAUUCAUACACUAAUAAAGGAGUCAUAGUUGUUACCAUACAGUAUCGACUUGGAGUAUACGGGUUUUUCUCAACUGGAGACGAACGCAUGCCGGGGAAUUUGGGUUUGUACGACAUGGCAGAAGCGCUAAAGGUGAUACAGUUUAGAUCUUAUUAUUCGUCAUCUUACUACUUAGUGUUCGUACACUCAAACGCCAAAAAUUUUGGAGGCGAUCCAUCACGCAUAACUGUUUGGGGAGAGAGUGCAGGUGGUGCAGCUGCUGGCCAACUAAUACUUAGUCCUGUAACUAGAGAUUAUGUUGCCCGCUCCAUUGAGAUGUCAGGAUCUCCAUGGACAUCAUGGGCGAUCGGAAGUAGGGUGGUUAAGAAUUCACUGGAGUUAGCAAAGAUCUCGAUUCCUUUCGAAUAUGAUUUCUAA